AUGGCAAGAGGGAUUGCUGCUGUGCCGGUGUUACUCAUGCUGGUCAUAGCGUUCUUGGCAGCCCCAGGAGGAGCGGCGCGGCCGUUGCGGGUCGAUGGCGAUGCGUUGUCAUCGUCGCCGGGCAUGGAAGCCGUCCCCGGAAAUGGUGUUUUGCAAUUGCCCCGGCAAAUGUACCUGAAGCAGCUCCGGGGGGGGCCUCGUGCGGCACCAACAGCUCGAACGGUGGCUGCCCAGGCUCCCCAUGAUGAGCUAGCUGCGAAAGAUUUGGCUGACUUACAAAAAAUGGAGGAGAGACUACAAAAUAAUAUUUGA